AUGCUGCAACGGGAAAAGGCAUAUCCGCAACCUCUUCGACUGCGUCCUCGACAUCGGAUAACACUAAAUGUCGGAAAUUGCCAACGACGAGACAGAAAUCGCCUUUCGGAACAAGCUCAGACAUCGACGGAAGAUGACAUUUCGCUGACGUCUUAUCUACCCAGUGACGAAAAAGAGGCAAAGAGAUGUAAUUCAGGAGCAUGGAUUUUAGACAUGUCGGCUGAAUAUCGUUUCUCAACGUUCGUUGGAGUAGAUAUCGCUCCUCUGUUCCCCGAGAAAAGUCCAGACAACGUAGUGUUCAUUAGAUGUAACGUUCUCGAUGGCCUACCGUUUCCCGAUUACACGGAUUUCUUAAUUGGCAGGACUGGAAGGAAAAGCUGGUAA